AUGGCCUUCACAUCCCAAUACCGAAUGCCCGGCACCUACUUUGACGCACAACCCGCCGGAGUUCACCCUGGCGUCUUCCGACCACCCGCUUCUCCCUCCGCCGGCUCUUCCUACUGUUUCGCCAGGGCAAAUAGCUUUCACGCCGAGGCAAAUACACCAUCAGCCCAGGCAAAGAGAAAACGGCGCAACGAUGCCUCCCGCGCGGCAACCCCACUGAACCAAUGGAACGAUGGCACCAUGAAUCUAGACGGCUCGAGCGAACUCCCUAGACACGAGACCCCUUUACCGAUCCGAGGAGCCCGAUACACUCUGGCUGGCCAGCUCGAGACACCUGGUGCCGGCAUCAACACGCCUUUCGACAACGGUAACUUGGAUGAGAGCAUGUACUCGGACGGCGAUUACCGUAGAGCCUUGGGAUCAAAACGACCGCACGAAGAAAUGGAAUCGCCUAUUCCAGGCCAGCCCAUGGUAUUGGUCCAGCCUAGCCAUCCGGUCGCCGGCGGUUGGAGCCGAUUUGCGUUCAACACUAUUGGUGGGGUUGUAGGCAAGGUCUGGGAAUUCUGCAAAGCUGGCGCCUUCAUCGGCUUCUCCGCCGGGGGCGGCAAGGCUUAUACCAUUGAUGGCCAGAGCAUUCGUCCAUCCUCAGCUGCAACUUCAACUUUGCCUGUACCUCAGCCCGAACCAUCCGAGAAGUUCAGCGAGAAGUACGAAUGGAGACAACCACAAAGUCCCCAAAACUUGGAGAGUCCCAUUGGGGAUACUACGCCACCCGGCGGAUUCCCUCAACCUAACUUCACAUCGUAUGCCCAGGAGCCACACCAAGCCCUGAAUCCCGAACCCGAGGUCGAGGCCGACGUCGAGGCCACCCCUUCGCGACCGGCCGUGAAACGCCGACAGACGAGUGCCGGGAAUCACGACGAGCUGCGAAACUGGGUUGUGGUGGACGAGUCAGCACCAGGCAACCGGCCAGUGUCGAGGGCAUCGAUGCGACCAGCAUCCCGCAACAUGCGCCCUUCCAUGGUCACAGGCCGAAGGAUUAGUGUUCCAAAGCCUCGUCUCAGCUCGAUCCCAAUUCACAACCGCCGCCAAUCUAUUACCAGCCACGAAUACAACGUCUCCGACACCGCACCGCUGUCAUAUCAGGAACCAGCAAGCUUCGCCAGUGUGAGAUCGCCGGAGCCGCCUAGGUCUUUGACCGGGCCUUCGCCAAGCCGUAUUCCACUUCCCAUGCAGUCCGCUGGCUCGAGCCCGAAUCCAUUCGCGAAAACGACCGUCUCAGCCCGGCGCCAAAGUGCCAUUCCGUCACCAGCGCAAUCAUUAAUGAGCCCACCUGUACGUUCGCAUCGCCGCUCCAACAGCAGCGCCUCGGCAGCGUCACCUCGAGGUAAACUCAAGGAGUUUGGAGUAGACUCUAUCCGUGCAAGCCCCCGGCUCGACGUGGAGGCCAAGAAGCUAGCAGCUAGGCGAAUCAAAGACGAACAUGACACCGAUGCGCGGAUUAAUGAUUUCAACCAGAGGCUCAAGGAGAUGAUUCGCCAAGGCAGAGAGGCUCUUGGCACCAAGGUCGAGGUGGAUGACGAUGGAUGCGGCUGGGAGGAUGACUGA